CACGAGGUAGAGGCGUGUCUAAGCGUCUCUGACUAAAUCCGCUUCAAUUAUCACUUUUUCCAGUUUUAUUGUUCUGCAUACUUACCUAUAAGAGUCAGAACCCGAACAGAAAGCUGCGUAGUAAGGAAGAGGCAAGAGUUUGGAUUUUUUUUUUUUUUAGUAUUGUAGAUAGUGGGCGCAGGUGUCGUUUCCAGUAGUUCCUCUGCCUUACCCAACACACUUUCCUAGUACUAAAAGAUGGACUCUAGCAGCCGACCUCUUUUGACGAGCCAUUCAACUUCUGCGCUCACGGCUAGUGGUUUGCAGAUGCCCACUUCGCUCCUAAGACCCCCGCAGCUUUUUCUCCGUGCAGCAGCGACCUGUAGCUCAUCUCUGGAGCGGGGAUACCCUCGAACACCCAAGUGUGCCAGGUGUAGGAACCAUGGUGUUGUAUCGGCACUCAAGGGCCACAAACGAUUUUGCCGAUGGAGAGACUGCGUGUGCGCAAAGUGUACUUUGAUCGCCGAGAGACAACGGGUAAUGGCAGCGCAGGUAGCUCUUCGGAGGCAGCAGGCUCAGGAGGAGAGCGAAGCCCGAGACCUGCAAUUCAUGUACACGGCAUCAGGAGGCGGCGACGCUGGUUUAGCGAUGACAAAAGUGGCUAUCUGUGCGGCCGGACGAACUGGAAACGCUACUUCCAGCACUCCAGAGUAUGAUGUCUUCGGGGCAGAGAAAAAGUAUGAAGAGGAGAAGGCACAGAAAUAUGACUUUUACAAUGGACUUAUGGGAAGGCCCUUGCUUUUGCAAAGCUCUUUGCAGGUGCCACAAACCUUUGACAAGAACAUCUCUAGCUCAGCUCUUAGAGAAAUGGCACCCUCACUUUCUGAAAAAACAGAGGAAGAACCUGGUAUCCAUUCUCCAAGUUCAGACCAGUUGUCAGAGAGAGAGUUGAGUCCAAGAUCUGUAUCUUUUUCAGAUGUUGAAUCUAGCAGUGAAUCAGAGAGGCUCAAGGACUCAUCCUCCUCAAUAUCUGUUGAAUCUUCCCAAAAGCAAAAAGACCCCACUGACGUCUUAUUGAAAAUUUUCCCACAUCAGAAGCCUGAUUUUAUUCACUGUGUUGUGCAGCAAUGUAAAGGCAAUAUAGUACAAGCCAUUGAGCAAAUCCUGAAUUCUAAAGAGCACAGUGGCAUUUCACCGUGUACACAAAGCUCAGCAUCUGAAGCAGAUGGCCUGCAGAAACCCUCAAAUUUUGGACUUCCCACUUUAGGGUUAGGUGCUCUUUGCCCAAGAUCAGCUUUCUCCCCUCUUCAAACUAAUGCAAAUACAACUGGAAGUGAGGUGGGUAUAUAUGGAAUAAAUCCUCGACUUGGCAUUAGUCCACUUCACUUAGCGUAUUCAGCUGCUGGAAGGGGGAUUCCAGGCUUUAUGUCUCCUUACAUUGCACCAGGUCUAAUGCCAGCUUUGUCUUUUCACCCACCAAUGGACUACUCCCUCCCUGGAAUGAUAAGGGAUUUUACUUACAUCCAGAACAAGGAUGCUGGGUGCAACGCAGGACUGUAUCACAAGAGCAGCCAAGAAAACCAGUGAUUUCAAUAGAUUAUAAACAUGUUUACUUAGAUUAAAUUGCCUUCUCCAUCUGCAUAUUACACAAAAAUCUGUAGCUGAAAGAACCUGAAUUUUAUUUAGUAAACUAUUGUUUUCAAGGUAAAAUUUUGGUGCUUGCUUUUAAUUUUAUUGUUUUUAGGAAAAUAACCUCAGGAUUGAAAAUAAAUAGGCACUGAAAAUAUAAUACGAACCAAAAUAUAUUAGAAAUCAAUGGACGUUUAGCACUAUGUGUUUUUUUGUUUGUUUUUUUUAUACAUAUUGAUAUAUUACUUGAUUUUAGGUGUACUUGAAAAGAAUUUACAUCAGUUUCUUUUAAUGUGUUAAACAGUAUGAACGGAAGCCUAAAUUGUUUAAUUUUUUUUGUAUUUUUGAAUUAAAAAAAACAUUUUAUCUGUAAUCUUUUUUUUGCUUUGUUAUUUUUGUAAAUUUCAUGUGUAAUACAGGAUUCCUGAUUAAUUCUACCAGUAAUUAAAAAAGCAAUCCUGUCCUGAGAGAGCUCAUAGUCAGUUUCAGAAAGUCUUCAUGACCAGCAGUGUUUCCUUUCUCUCCUCCAGUCUAUUAACAAUAUUUGUUAUUCAAUAAAUUCAAAGUGAUGUACCUGCAGUUUGCUUUUAUGUGCAUGUAUUUAUUUGGUGUUCUGUAAUUAUUCUGCCUACUUUAGGAUAUUAAUCAUUAAAUCACCUCCCUUGCAGUCAAGUACAAUGGAAAAAUACUUUGUUUCUCAAAAUACGCUAAAAUAAAAAUAGAUCCCUUGCAGGUACCAAGAUAUUAUAUAUUAUUAAUUAUAUACUUGGAGAAUUUCAUUUGCAAUAUGGUAAGACUGAAAAAUGCAAUCAUGGUAUGUUUCAUAAUUGUAUAUCUGCAUAAAAAUAAAAAUCACCUAUUUUGAGAUUUCAAAGAAUUAUGUGUAAAGAUUGCUUCAAAAAAUAAACUAGCAUUUUUCAAUUUUGUGCACUAUUUUUUUCCCCCAAAGUGUCAGAGUAUGUAAAUAUAGUUGAUAGGCAAACACACACUUCAGCAAAAUAAAUUAUAACCCAUAUGAUGAUUUAAAAUUUUAUUAUCUAAGUGCA